AUGGAACUACAGACCCAGAGUGCCCCUCCAACAUCUCAAACCAACGAGGCCCCAGGCUCAACCCCCCCGUCGCCACAAACACCGACCUCAGCAUCUGUGCCAGCCCUCCGGUUCCCAAAACCCCAAGGCAACAAAUAUCUUGCCAACUGGGUUUCUAACAGCUCGCCCGACAUUAAGCAGCCGCCCAACAUGUCGGACACGGGCAACUUGGCCGAUUCGGCCUAUGAAAUCAUUAACGGCACUGACAGCGAGAGCCAGAGCCAAGAUGAUCAGCUUACCGAGUCUACCGGGUCGCUCGAGGUGUCCCGCCCCGAGGAUGUGCAGAGUCUCGACGGGUCCGAGAAUCACUACGACACUGACAGCGACACGGACGAGGAUUCAGAUCAUUCCUCCCAUGCGUCCUCUAUCAGAUAUGCCGAUCAAUCCCUCGAGAAUCCCUCAACGCAGCUUCCCGCUAACAGUCUCCGGUUCACUUCUCCCUCAGCCUCUGAGCAGUUCCCGCAUGUCUCUCGCUCCAUCGAGUUCCAAGAAGGAGACGAAGACCGGCUGGCUGCUAUGGACAAGAUCUCGGUUAAGCAUACCACUCACGAAUUCACGGCAGAGGUGUCCGCGACCAUAGCGGAACAGCUCGGCAUGCUAGAGGCCCCGAGACGCCUCGUCGCAACGAUUCGGCAGACCAUGUCCCAGGCUUACCUCUCAACGAACGACCCGCUGCGCGUUCUCUAUAUCGGCCGCGCGGAAGCUCAGAGGGGCAUCGUCCUCAAGGUCUCCAGCGCCAUUUGGACCUCGCCAAAGAACGACGCCAAGGAUGAGGAUCACUUUAGCAGACACCGUGAAGGCGUUUAUAACAUUGUACCCAUCUCUUCUUUCGGGCCUACACCCGAACUGGACCUGAUGGAAGCUUCUCACUAUCAAAUCAAAGUUGAACACUGCACAUCGGCCUCGGUACUUGAAUAUCCCAAGCAAUCAUCUCCCGAGCGCAGUGUGUACUCGAUCACUGUCGAACACGACAAUAUAUACUACUCCCACAACAGCCGUAACGGUCUAGUGGUGCAGCCAAGAUGGGCUCUGCCGCAUAUCGCAAUCUUCUACUGCUCCGAUGACGCAGACGAACAAGAGGAGAAGACGCGAGAUGCAGUAUGGAUGUUUUUGCGUCGACACAACAUCCCCUCGAUUUUCAUCACCGAGUCCGAGGCUUUCGGGAAGCUCGCUUCUCCCCGCUGGGACGAGCUUGUGGAUGAGCAUGCGGUUCACCUCUGCCUCGAGUCUCGGGAUCCUGAGCGGCCCAUCACUCCUCGACGCCUUCCUAUCGACCUUCCCUCGUUCCUCAACAUUGAUGCGCGGCAGAUGAAUCGCAACUUCGCCUACUUGACUGGCUUGUCUGACUCGGCUGAGAGAGUGACUGCAUCACCAAAGGUCGAGGCUGAGCCGAGCAAGUCGGCGCCAGGGGUGAAGAAAUACAACCGAUGGACUUCGAGACCAUCUGGAGCUCAGAUCCUUGAGAGCAUGGAGCGCAACAAGUUGUUUUUUGCCUUGGCAAUUCCGUUGCUCAUGGCCUUUAUCAUUCCGCUCUUUGCCGGCUUGUUUUUGAACUCCUUGUCACUGGGAACAAGCUCGCCAAUUUCUACUUCCUUGGCAUCCGGUAUCCUCGACACCCCUCAAGCGACUCCCCCCGCCCGUUUGACUACCACGGCAAGGGCAGCAACAACUUCUACAACAACUGUUGUAAUCAACGUCACGUCGACGAAAACCAUCCAGCUCAGUCACGCGCGGCCAUCAGCUAGCACCUUGGCCUCGGCGUUGUCUUUCGCUGGAUUUCUCUCUGACAAGCCGUCAGAGAAACUAUCUGGGCCCGCCGUUGAGCCCGAAGAAAAGAAGACGGUCUGUUCCGUGCGCAUUUCUGGCCAGAACGAGAUCUUGGUGACGAUUCCUUCUGGUAACAAGGCAGGGUGGCUCGCCAAGGGCGCGAUUGAUAUCGACGUAUUCCGCGGAGACAAGCCGGUUAAGACCAAGCUUUCUUCCGUUGACGAAGGAAUUGUUGUCGAGCUCAAACCAGCCGACGCAUAUGGCGUGCUUAAUGUCUCGGUUAUCACGACACGAAAGCCCAAGAUUAACGAGACAUUUGGAGUCAACUUCGGGAAGCCUGUUGUGGCUGAGGUUAUCGAGGCAAGUCUACAUAUUCUACAGGAUUUGGCCAAGAUGGUCUCUACCACUGCCGAUGAAACCGUACAUCUUGUGGACGAGGUGUACGUCCCCGCUGCGGCCGGUCUUGCAAAGCUACGUGGCGAUACUACCUCGGCCCUGAAGCAUGGCCUUAAGGCUGCCCAGAGUCACUAUUCAGAGACAGUAAGCCGGUACAUCAAGCACACCAAGGAGCAUAUUUCUCGUCAGCUUAAGUCUGUAGACAAGAUUCGCGAAAACUCCGUCCUUCAAGCCCAAAUUGCUUCCAAGCUGUGGUGGCUGAAGGUGCAAGGGAAGACAGAGGAAUAUGCCGAGUACCAGCGCAGUGCAUCUCACUUUCUCAAGAUGAAGCACGCAGAACUGGUUCGGACCCAGAGAGGGCCAGAGAAAGAGGCGCCCAAAGAAUCAUGGGCACUUUUCGGGAAGCGACAAAGCCGUCAGUGCAAGAAAGACGCCAAAGCGCGACAGGGCACAAAGGACAGCCGGUGGAAGAAGAUGGUUAAGGGGUGA